AUGUCACUCAAGGCUCUGACAAUUACCAUUUUGUGCAUUACUUUUGUUGAGGCGAAUUGGAGACAGCAAAGAGUGGUGAACUUUCAAACGAAUAUGGGACAAAUGCAGGCUCAUUCAGGGGAUGUUAUCAAAAAAUAUCUUCCGGCGCGUUUCGAUAAUCUAUGGGGACUCGGAAAUGGAAAAGUGGUCGAUAACUCCGCUUUGACUCCACAUAAUAUCGACGAUUAUAAAAUGGCGAGCCGUCAAAGACAAGUAUUCGCUUGGAGACCAAUGGAUAUUCCAGAAUGGUGA